GGUUGCAAAGAAUGCACGAAAAGAGUCGCGAGGGCGAGUGGCGCACGUGCCCUGUGCUUUACUUCCGGGUGUGGUGUCAGCAAAGCCAGAAAUCAGAGAUUCCAGCUGAGAUCAAGUCCGGAGACAAACCCUUGUUUUUUCCCCUUGAGGAGCAGCCCUUAUCAACAGCAACACUGACAGAACUUGUGUUUUGGAAAAGGACUGAUGGCUUUGAGCCUAGGUUGGAAAGUUCCCAGGAAUUGCUAUGGUCUCCUUCAGAAGGCUGCAAGAAGCAGUGGUUUUCCUGUGUUUCCCUGGGGCCACUGUUCCUGGACAGGAGCUGGAAGCUUUUUGGACCCUGAGAUAAAAGUUUUCCUGGAGGAGAACACUGAAGUUACCAGCAGUGGCAGCCUCACACCUGAAAUCCAGUUGCGACUUUUGACCCCCAGAUGCAAGUUCUGGUGGGAAAGAGCUGACCUGUGGCCCCACGGUGAUCCUUACUGGGCAAUCUACUGGCCAGGAGGCCAAGCCCUGUCUAGGUAUCUUUUGGAUAAUCCUGAUGUUGUCAGAGGAAAAUCUGUAUUAGAUCUUGGGAGUGGAUGUGGAGCUACAGCUAUUGCUGCUAAGAUGAAUGGGGCAUCAAAGAUCUUGGCCAACGACAUAGACCCUAUUGCAGGAAUGGCUAUUACACUAAAUUGUGAAUUGAACCGACUGAAUCCUUUUCCCAUUUUAAUCAAAAAUAUUUUGAGUUUGGAACAAAGUAAGUGGGACCUUGUUGUUCUUGGAGAUAUGUUUUAUGAUGAAAACCUCGCAGAUAGUCUUCAUCAGUGGCUGAAGAAUUGCUGUUGGACCUUUGGAACUCGAGUGCUGAUUGGUGACCCUGGACGGCCCCAGUUCAGUAGACACAGCAUCCAGCAUCAACUGCACAAAGUGGUAGAAUAUUCACUUCCAGAGCCUACUAGGCAGGAAAACAAUGGACUGACAACAAGCACAGUGUGGGAUUUUCAGCCUUGAGUUGUCAAAGUGCUUCCAAACAUGAAUAUAGUUAUGUUUGGAUUUAACCCUGAAAGUUGUCUCCAUAGUUGUCUCCAGCUUAAAGAAUGCAAUUCCUGUUAAAUGGCAAAUUUUGUUUCCAAAAUAUGAAGGUUUAAAGUUUUGUCAGCCUUUGUCAUGUAACUAGUUCUGCAUUUCUGUGCAUGCCAUAGAAAAAUGCAUAGAAAUAUUCUGGAAUUUUUUUUCUAGUUUUACUGCUGUAGGAGUAUGAUUUUAGAAUGCAAUACCCAAUGGUGGUAAAAUGUAAUUUAAGUAGUGGAGAGGAAUUAGAUGUUGUAGCAGAAACCCUUUCUAUAGUUGAGGACAAUUGUCAUGUAUCUUUGAAUUAAACAAACAGAAUACAAAGUAUAGAAGAAUACUGUAUUUAAAAAUAUUAUGAGUAAAGAUCAGAGAUGCAGUUAAUAUGAUACUGAGUACAUGGGCUUUGGAGUCAGGUGACUGUCACUUUCUAGCUGGGGUUUUGGACUAGUUAAACUUUCCAAGCUUUAAUUUCCUCAUCUAUAAAAUAGUAAUAAAACUCUAUAAAUCUA